AUGGCCCCUCCUACUCCCACCUCUAACCCUUUCGCCGCCAUGAGGAACUUUGGUGGUAUGGUGUCGUCUGCUCUUUCCUUCGGCGACAGAUCUCGCCAAGUCUCCUCCCUCGGCCUCGGCACCCUCUCUUUGGGGGAGCCGUCUGGCGAUGUCCCGCCUCCUCGCUCCGCUUCUCCUCCCGUCGGUCCUCCCGCUGGUUCUCCCUCUGCUUCUCCUCCUCCUGGUUCUCGCUCUGCUUCCCCUCCUGCCGCCAGCCCUCGCCGCAGGACGCCCGCCUUUCGUCCUGACUUCGAAGGAAAAGGGGGUGAUUAUAGUGAUGAGGAUGAUAGAAUCGUGUCGGAGGGUGAAACCGAGUUAGAGGAACACUCGGAUGAUGAUAUGGUGGCGGUUAGUGUAGAGGACAACAACGUAGAUAGUCCUGAGCCCGCUCCUGCCCCUCCCCCUGCUCAAAUUGUGGGCCAGAAACGACGCCGUUCCCUCUCCUCUUCUUCUUCUUCCUCUUCUUCUUCUUCCUCUUCUUCUUCCUCUUCCGGGGUUCUCCCCCCCCCCAACGCCAUCGCCGCUGCCGCCGCUGCUGCCGCCGCCAUCGCUCCUGCUGCCGCCGCCGGUCCUGCUCCCGCCGCCGGUCCUGCUCCCGCCGCCCCUGUCGCUGCUCCCCCCCCUUCUCCCAGAGGGGAGCCUUCGCCCAAACGGGUGAAGAGAUCACUGCGGGAAGAAGAGUACUUGUGGGAGAAGAUGAAGUCCGAGCCUGGUCGUUGGAUCGCGGUUGGUGUUGACGAAGCGUGUGAUCGUUGCCGACGCCCUCCGUUGUGCUUCAUGCACGUCUGGCCCCUGCUCCUUCUGUCCCGUUUCCUCUGCCCGGGACAUCCCGCCCCGUCCCUUCGACGCUUCUCCUCUCCCCCCUCCCCAGACUCCAGCGUCUGUCCCCCGUUCGCGGGUACCGUCUUCGUCUCUCCGUCUCUCCGGUCGGUUCGCCGUACUUCGCCGGACCUCCGCCCGUCGCCUCCGUCGCCGUCGCCCUUCGCUCCUGUGGCCGGCCCAUCACGUCUCCCGGCUGUUCCUCCUUCGUCUUCUCGCCGUCCUUCGGCCUCUGCUCCUUCGGCCUCCCGUCCUUCGGCCUCUCGUCCUUCGGCGCCACGUCCGUCCUCUCCAGUGGUAGCUUCUCCUCCGGCUCACAGCACCCGAAGUCGGCGUCCUUCUGUUCCUCCGGCCACUUCGGCGGCCCCUCCCGUCACCCCUCCCUCUGCUUCCCAGAAGACACCGAAGUCUUCUUUAAAGAAAUCAAAAGGGAAAUCUAAAGAGAAGGAGGUUGCCUUCAAUGAUGGUGAUGUGGAAAAUGAAGAUACUCAGCGUGCUGGUCCCUCUGCUCCCCGGUUGUCCCUCGUCCACCCUCGUAUCUCCCUGGACGUCCGUAUUCCUGAGGACGAAAAGGAAUUCGCCACUUAUCGUUCUCUCGUCCUCGGUCUCACUACUCAGCUUGAGGCCGCCCGAAAUGAUACAUCUCUCCUGCUUGACUUCUCUUCUCGUCAAGCUAACGCUUUAAACAAUCUUACUGCGGCGUUAGUAGAUGUAGUCAACACUGGGGCUCUGGACGACGAAGCAAGGACAAGGUUAGCGGCCGUCUCUCGCCGAAGCCUUACUGAGAUAGCCGAUGUUCGCCGAAGACUGUUCGACACCCCCUUCCUAGUCACUCCUAUGGCGUAUGAGCCACCACCGUCCCUUGACUGGUUAGGUCGCCGUAGUAAUUCUCGUGUCCCAGCUUCCGCCCAGACUGCUCUCGACCUCCUCAGUCUUCCCUUCGAGUGUCUACGGACCAUACGUUCUCUGUGGAGGACCCCGAGCAUGCAAGCUGCUCGAGAUGUCCAGGACUUCGGUGACUUCUUUGGGGCUAUGAAUCGGGCAUGGAAUGCUUCUCUCUCUACUGCGUUCCCGUCUGAGACUCUCGAUCUACCUUCGGUCAUCGGUAGCCUCCACACCAAUCCCGCGGGACCGAGUAGAUCGAAGGAGAAAGGAAAAGGAAAAGGUAAGGGUAAGAGUAAGGACAAGUGA